AUGGAUGACUGGGGCGAUCCGUGGACAGAUGACGCAGAAAAGUCCAACACUGCUACGAAGCAAGAGCUAGGGACAGAUACGAAGCAAGAGCUUGGGGCAAGCGCGGGAACUGCUCUAGGGAUACUAGGUGGGUUCCAGGAUGAAGCUAGGUGGGGAGAUGGCGAGGAGGAGGAUGGGUUUGGAGGCUGGGCAGAUGCUCUGCCAGAAGCAGGCGACGAUACGCCAACAGCUAUGGAAGAACAAGCGACGCAUUAUAGGGACACAUCAGAGGUCGAGGAUGAACUACGAAAAGAGUCGGAUUUGAGUAUUGGCUCUUCCACUGCGUCGACGUCGCCCUCUGAUAUCGCCCAUCUGGAUGGCAGUCGCGAAACACCACGGACAUCUUUCGAAGACGAGGCCGCGAUAUCAUUGAAAUCCUGCGCAGAGAUCAAAGCGGAUGCCGAGAAUUCGCCAAGCCAUACAAGCCACACUGGGAGCAACAACGGUGACUUAGGCAAUUUCAACAGCUUCAAAGAUGUCGUCACUGGUGGUGACCAGUUGAGCAAGCCUCCGGCGGCUGAAUCACAGUCCAGAAACCACAAUGAGGAAGAGCCGGACCAUCGUUCAGAAAACACGGAAGCUUUACAAGUCGAGAAGGCUGAUGCCCAAAGCCAAAGUGUCAACGGGAGCUCUUGUGAGCCACCAGGGUUUGAGCCGGAUCUUUCACUUUUGGACCAGCUCCGUCCUCUCCCAGAUCUUAGGGAUGAUCUGCCUGAGGUGGACGACUCCCUUCUUUCUGCCACCUCCGUACGCAAGGCGUGGUACCGCAUCACACGCAAGGAAACGAUGCGAGAAUUCAACAGCGGCCAUGACAACGAUACUCACGUUCGUGUCACCUGGGCUAGUUCUGCAGUCAAAGCUGAAGUGAACAAGGUGGUGGGUCGGUGGGCGCUAGAGGACCGCAUACAUGGAAAAGCGACCCUGAUAUGGGGCGGUCGUCCCUGGUUGAUGACGCGCCAAUUGUGA